CAACUGGUCGCGCAGUCCGCGGAGCGGGCGUCAGCGGAGGCGUCUGCGUGUGCGCACACGCAUGCGCAAAAGAGCCCGGAGAACGGGUGGGGGGUGAAGAAGGGGCCGGCCUUUGAGCGACAGCGACGCAAGAUGGCAGCCACCACGGGCUCGGGAGUAAAAGUCCCUCGCAAUUUCCGACUGUUGGAAGAACUCGAAGAAGGCCAGAAAGGAGUAGGAGAUGGCACAGUUAGCUGGGGUCUAGAAGAUGACGAAGACAUGACACUUACAAGAUGGACAGGGAUGAUAAUUGGGCCUCCAAGAACAAUUUAUGAAAACCGAAUAUACAGCCUUAAAAUAGAAUGUGGACCUAAAUACCCAGAAGCACCCCCCUUUGUAAGAUUUGUAACAAAAAUUAAUAUGAAUGGAGUUAAUAGUUCUAAUGGAGUGGUGGACCCAAGAGCCAUAUCAGUGCUAGCAAAAUGGCAGAAUUCAUAUAGCAUCAAAGUUGUCCUGCAAGAGCUUCGGCGCCUAAUGAUGUCUAAAGAAAACAUGAAACUCCCUCAGCCUCCUGAAGGACAGUGUUACAGCAAUUAAUCAAGAAGAAAAACCACAGGCCCUCCCCUACCCCCCAUUCGAUUUAAGCAGUCUUCAUUUUCCACAGUAGUAAAUUUUCUAGAUACGUCUUGUAGACCUCAAAGUACUGGAAAGGAAGCUCCCAUUCAAAGGCAGUUUAUCUUAAGAUACUGUAAAUGAUACUAAUUUUUUUGUCCAUUUGAAAUAUAUAAGUUGUGCUAUAACAAAUCAUCCUGUCAAGUGUAACCACUGUCCACAUAGUUGAACUUCUGGGAUCAAGAAAGUAUAUUUAAAUUGAUUCCCAUCGUAACCGGUGGGGCACAUCUAACUCAACUGUGAAAAGACACACCACGCAAUCACCUUGCUGCUGAUUACAUGGCCUGGGGUCUCUGCCUUCUCCCCUUCCCCUCCCCCUGCCUCUUCCCUCUCUGCAGCAGCCCCCCAGCUUGGGGUGGCUUCUUAGAGUAGAUGUAAGGGUUUCAGGUCACAGCCUGUGGGACUCCUCCUGGGUGUGGGGGAUGCUUCGUCUGCACCCCUGGUUUCUUUCUUUAAGUCUUAAAUGCUGCCCCCCUUCCAGGCCCCCAUCCUCUUCCCACUCUCCACUACCACCCUUGGCCGAAGCAUAGAUUGUAACCCCCUCGGCUCCCCUCUGAAAUUGGCCUUUGGUGAGGAAUUCAGGGCUUUCCCCAUAUCUUCUCCCUCCACCUUAAUCGAGGGGUGCUGCUUUGUCCUUCCUCCUCAAGUCCCUUUUUGCACCAUCACCACAUGACACUUCCUUGCUUUGGCCAGAAGCCAUCAGGUUGGAAAGCAUAUCUGACCUCCCUCAUUUAGUUUUGGAACCACACUUCCUCAGUGUCCACCAGCCUGGGAAAUGAAUAUUGGGUCCUCAGCCCUGCCACCCUCUGCUGUCAUCAUCAGCUGAUACGUUUUUUUAGCUCAGGUUUUGAUAAGGUGAAAAGAACAGUCACCAGGGUCACAGACCUGCCAGCUCUCAAAGUCCUUGGUGGUUAAACUUGGAGAAAGGCCACAGAAGACACUUGUAAGCACACACGGUCCCUCUGAAUGAAUUGUUUUCUUUUCCUGUAAUUGCUUUUGCUUUUAAAAAUUGAAGAAGUUUUCAACAGGGCUCUCAUUUGGUCAUCCUUGCAAUCCAUUUGGGUCUAGUUUGGAAUCUGACAACUGGAACAAAAAGAACCAUGAACUCGGUGCACACUUCGGUUUCGGUGCUGCUGCUUCUCUCGGUCCUCAGCAGGGAUAAGAAAGAACUCGGUGUGCACGGCAGAUCCCCGGAAUUCCUGGCCAGUGGCUGCGUUUUUCCACUUUUCUGUUCAGGACCACUAAAUGCUGAGAUGUUGGACGCAUACCGAAAUAAAAGCAAUUCAUUGUGUUCUAA